CACAGCCCCAAUCGCUGGAUCGUAGCCUGGCAUUCUCUCAGUAAGCUCUGAGCUUUCGCCCGGUGCACGCCCAACAAGACGCACCAUUUCUCGGCCGUUGGUUGUACCGAGCAACCGAUUUAAUUUUUUUCCCCUCGUUUUUGUCGUAAAUCAGAGUUUCCCCUCUGUCGAGAUCCCAAAAGAGUACGUAAUAGCCCACCACCACCAAACCCCACUAGGACAACGAGGUCACACACGGAAUCCUGUUAUUCUCCGUCAUCAGUACAACCAACAGCAUCAGUGCAUCAACAUCGGUGGAUAAGUACACUGAUCUGUAAUCACAGCCUACAAUUGGCCGGUUACUGGUGUUGCGGGCAUUGUGAGUUAGGGUGCAAUGAUACCGUCAAUCGACCGAGUGAUCACCGACGGACGACGUGCCAAGGUCACACGAAUCAGACCGGAAGCGAUUGAGAUUGAUAGUUGGUAGAGUUAACGGUCGUUUUAAUUAAAAACCAUGAAAUAUCAGGCGUCUGUUUGACAUUUACUGACUUAUUUUAUUAUACAUUAACGUUUGUGAUACCUGGGGGAGAGUUUAUCAGCUUUGUUUACGUGGGGCUGAUGCCGCUUAAUCGAUCUCAAGUUUUUGUGGUACUGACUGGACUUGAUGAUGGCUAGUCAUGCCUCGGUGGAUAGGUAGCGACCGGUGCUCGUUGUAUUUUACAGUGGGGGAUACCGGGGGCAAUGAAGAUAACGCAUUUUCUCGCCUCACAUCGUUGCUGCUGUUGUUGCUGGUACAACGGCACUGUUGUUCUUUCUGGUGAGGUCGAGGCUCGGGGUAAGCAAGCGGUCAAACGUCUUGAACAUACUCAGAUAAGAUCACGUUUUCAAGUGGAUUAUCCGAUGGACAGAUGAUAUGGAAACCGAGGGCGAAGAGGACCUGCCGGCAGAAACGGAUUACAAGAUAAAUAACAAUAAUAAUUUAAGUACAAAUAUAUUAAUAAUGAAAAUCUCAACGAUACCACGUUCGCCGGAGGCGUCCAAGAAAAAAGAGUGUAAAUUGGUGCAGUCAUCGAGCGAUAAGCCCGCCUCACUGGAUUGUCCAGGUCCCGGCACAUCGGACACACAAUCCGAUCAAAUAAAAAUUGAAUCAAAAAUAAAUUUAAGUGGGAGUAUCAAGACUGACAUUAAGGAGGGUAGUGAACUGCUGAAACUCACCAAGAGUAAAAGAAUUCCAUGUCCCGAUACAAUCCAUGAAUUUGAGGAAGACACUGGUCUCACGAUGGAGCGAGUUGGCAAGUACUUGGAGACCAAUCCCUCGGUGGUUGAAGCGUGGCUGAGAGACAAGGCAAGUCCAGAGUUGAAGAUGCGACUCUUGAACACGAAUCUCCAACCAAAAAUUGCGACCCUCAGCCUGCGACCACCCCCGGACGAGACACCCAUGGUUCGCCCCAAGCGUAACAGCAUCACCUCAGACCUCUUUCAGUCCUGGCUAGCCUCCAGCUCCCCAAAACGCAGCAAAAGCCCGAGCAGGCUGCCCCUGUCUCUCUCGGGGCGUCGAGAGGAGUUGAAUCAGCUGGACGAGGGUGAACUCUUCAUGGAGCUCAUAAGAGACGUCGCCAAUGAGCUAGACAUCAACGUCUUGUGCCACAAAAUUCUCGUUAACGUGGGACUACUGACGCACGCGGACCGAGGCAGUUUAUUUCUUGCAAAAGGUGCCCCGGAGGAUCGUUAUCUCGUUGCUAAACUCUUCGACGUUACUCAAGAAACCGAACUGGAGGAGGCAGUGCAGAGGGCGAAGAAUGAGGAGCUGAGAAUACCCUUUGGGGUGGGCAUUGCUGGCUACGUUGCUCAGACUAAGGAGAUUAUUAAUACCAACGAUGCAUACGAGGAUCCUAGGUUCAAUAGUACCGUUGACAUGAGAACUGGGUACAAGACAACUCUCAUUCUGUCAAUGCCCAUUUGUAAUUACGAGGGGGAUGUCAUUGGGGUUGCUCAAAUUAUCAAUAAAACUAAUGGUAGCAACGAAUUUACGGAGAGGGAUGUCGAAGUUUUCAAAAGGUACCUGACUUUCUGUGGAAUUGGCAUCCAAAAUGCCCAACUAUUUGAGCUGUCUGUCCUCGAGUACAGAAGAAAUCAAAUUCUAUUGAAUCUGGCGAGAAGUAUAUUCGAGGAUCAGAAUAAUCUCGAGUGUCUUGUGACGAAAAUCAUGACUGAAGCCAAGGAGUUGCUCAAGUGCGAGAGGUGUGCGGUGUAUCUGCUUGAUCUCGAUUGCGGUGAGGCUGGGCAUCUUGAGAAAAUCGUGGAGAGGCCGGGCAAGUCCAUCCAGGAGGACCGACAGCCAUUGUCAAGAAGAGAAAGCAAUAAUAUUGAUAUGGAGGAUAUAUUCCUGCGUCAUAGUACCAGCGAUGGAAGCGCAAAGUUUACCAUGGUUUUCAAGAUGGAAAAUGGAACGCAGGAAGCUCAAGUCAGCCGUCCAAGCACCACUGAUCUUUCCAGCCCGUUGGGUAAAAUAGCUAAGUAUGUUGCCAGCACGGGACAAAUUCUGAAUAUUGGAGAUGUUGCACUUUGGCUCAAGAGGGAGGUUUUGGAUGUGGGGAAGGAUCCUAUCAGGAGUAUUCUUUGCAUGCCCAUUGUUAAUGGGCAGAGGAGUGUUAUUGGCGUCGCACAGCUCAUUAACAAGGACAAUGGAAGUUCGUUUACCGACUCGGACGUCUCAAUAUUCGAGGCUUUCGCUAUUUUCUGCGGCCUUGGAAUUCACAAUACUCAGAUGUACGAGUCAGCCUGCAAGCUCAUGGCUAAACAAAAAGUAGCACUCGAAUGCCUGAGUUAUCAUGCUACUGCCAGCAAUGAUGAUGCUCUCCGUCUCACCAGUGAUGACAUUCCAUCCGCUGAACAGUACAAUUUGUACAGCUUUACCUUCACUGAUUUUGAGUUAACAGAUGAGGACACUUGUCGAGCUACUGUCCGAAUGUUCAAGGCCUGCAACCUUAUUCAGAGAUUUCACAUACCUUACGAUGUUUUUUGCCGAUGGAUUCUGAGUGUGAAGAAGAAUUAUCGACCUGUCAAGUAUCACAACUGGAGGCAUGCCCUGAACGUAGCGCAAACAAUGUUUGCAAUGCUGAAGACUGGAAAAAUGGAGCAAUUCAUGACAGACCUGGAGAUCCUAGGUCUCCUGGUGGCGUGUUUAUGCCACGAUCUCGAUCACCGUGGCACAAAUAACGCAUUCCAAACAAAGACCGAGUCCCCCUUGGCAAUUCUCUAUUCAACGAGCACCAUGGAGCAUCACCACUUCGACCAGUGUGUGAUGAUCCUCAACUCCGACAGCAACAACAUCUUCCAGACCCUCUCCAUGGAGGACUAUCGUCAUGUGAUGAAAGUGGUGGAGAGUGCAAUAUUAUCGACAGAUCUUGCUGUCUACUUCAAGAAGAAGAACAACUUUAUGGAGUUAAUCGAUGAAGGCGAGUUUGAUUGGCAGAGCGAAGAGAAGAAAGAACUUCUCUGCGGUAUGAUGAUGACCGCCUGCGAUGUGAGUGCGAUAGCAAAACCGUGGGAUGUGCAGCACCGAGUGGCGAAGCUCGUGGCUGAUGAAUUUUUCGAUCAAGGAGACCUGGAGAAGCUCCAGCUCAAUCAACAACCAGUCGCCAUGAUGGAUCGCGAGCGACGCGAUGAACUACCGCAGAUGCAGGUUGGAUUUAUCGACGUAAUUUGUUUGCCCCUGUACCGAGUUUUAUCGGAGACAUUUCCCUGGAUAAUGCCCCUCUACGAGGGAACAGCUGAGAAUCGCAAGCACUGGCAGGACCUCGCUGAAAAGGUUGAAAUGGGCCUGACGUGGAUCGACAGGGAUACCAUUGAGGAGCCAGUCGAGGAAUUUGUCUCACAAGAACCCAAGGACAUCGAGUUUACAGUGACAACAUUGAAUUGCGCGCAGGAGAAAAAGGACACGUCUGGUCCGGCAAAAGCAUCGGACUUUCCGAAAACUGCGUUGGGGAGGUUCGCCUCGUUGAGAAAGGGCGGACGAUCGAUUGGCAAAGGUGUCAGGCAUCGAUUGAGCAGGUCACUCUAUGCUAGAAGUGGCUCAGAGGACACCGGAAAGGCUAAGGUACUCCUUCCAGAGAGGAAGAACAAGAAUAAACUUUGUCUGCUCAUUUGACGGCUCACGAGCUCGAGCACUCUGGAGAGCAUUCCCGAGUGACUGCGAGGCUAGUUGCCAUUGUGAACACUUGGAGAAUGACCUUUUCCCACUGGUUAUGGGUAAUUGUUCAGUUCUCCACUGGGAUUUCAGGGGAGAAUGGAACGGGAUAAAUUAAUUAGAGAUGCAGUUCAAGCUCCGGAUUGGCCAAUUAAUGCCUCUGGUAGGCUUCGAUAGGUCUGUGUGGGUCUCUGCUAGGAGGGAAUCAGUGGGGCAUUGACAAUCUCUUUUUGUACAAAUACGAAAAUCCAAGGGUUUUAGUCACCGUGGAUAAGGGGGGAUUGUCUGAGGGCUUUGUUAGUCCUGCACUGGUAGAAUGACUGGUUUGUUGUGAAUGAGGUUCGUUAACUGUUAAUGAGUUUAAUGCCAGUGUAUAUUUCUUAUAGUUAUCCAACAAUGUGUUGUCCAGAAUAAACAAAAUAUCACAUGCUGAUUUGUGAUAUUUUAGUAUACAAUACUAUAUCGUGGAUCCAAUAACGAUUGGGUUUACUGUACAAAAAAAUUUGGUUAGCUAAUCAAUUCUUCUAUCAGUGUGGUGACUCGAAGACAUCUGAAUUUGAUGUAUUAUAGAGUGUAUUUAGUGUGUACACAUUUUUGCGAUCUCACGAGUUUUCAAGGAACAGAUUAAUUAAGAAUUAACGAUAAGAUGAAUUAAUUAACAAUACAUGUGAGAUUGGAAUGCGUGUCAUCGGUGUUUCUCUGACUCUGUCCAAUUUGUUUUUAAUGCUCAGACAAGAGGCACGUUACUUCGGCUCACGGAUUAUUGUAAGUAUCAUGUCAGAAUGUUGAUCUCUAAGAUGUAGUCAAUUUAGUGAAAAAAAAAAUAUCUUCUAAACUAUCGAGGGGAAUAUUGUGGAUCACUAUUCUUCGAUUCUUCGUCCUUCCAAGUGGCAUCGAGAUUGAGAAUUGGGGCUCUUGUGUCGAUGACACUGAUCUUAUUCUAAUUGAAAGGGAUUAACGUGACAAGUAAGAUAAUGAUAAUAAAACAAAAUGGUUUCUAGUCUUUUGAUAUAAGUAGGGAAUUAAAGUGAGUUAAUAAAUUAGGAGAAUGUAAUGUCAUAACUGCAUGGGAUAACAAUAAAUUUUGAUGUACCAAAAUUACAGACGAAAAACCACAAGGGAGAGUGGAAAAUAAAGAAAAGAUAUGGACAAAGUGAAGAAAUCAGAAA